CUCCCCCACCACACCCUCGCACCAGCCAUGACGACGCUCGCCUCCACGUCGGCCGCACCUGCACCCGCGGCGCCGGCCGUGCGCCAGGUGCCCAUCGUGCUGCGCACGUCGCUCGCCACGCUGCAGAUCCCGCAGCAGCCGUACCUCGUGCCGCUCUCCUGGCGCCGCACGCAGCUCUCCACGCUCGUCAACCGCCUGCUGAGCCCGGGCGACGCCGCCAGCGCCGCCAGCAUCCCGUUUGACUUCAUCAUCGACGGCGAGCUGCUGCGCGGCUCCAUCGACGCCUGGCUCGCGGCGCACGGCCGCACCGAGGAGGAGACGCUCGACAUCGAGUACGUGCGCAGCACGCUGCCCCCGCGCUUCGCCAGCAGCCGCGAGUGCGACGACUGGCUCAGCGACAUUGACGCGCGCAGUGACGGGCUCUUCCUCACCGCGGCGUACGACUCGACGCUGCGCCUCUUUGGCGCGACGGGCACCGAGCCGCUCCUGACGCAGCGGGUGGCCGCACCGGGCGGCCUAACGUCGGCGCGCUUCAUUGGCUCUGAUGCGGAGCAGCAAGUCCUCGCGACAGGCAUGGACGGCACGAUCCACCUGCUCUCCCUCUCCUCCACGUCCGCUGGGCCCGAACAGAUGUACUCGGCCACGCACGUCGCCAGCGGCGCGGCGCACGGCGGCAGUGUGCGGGCGCCGCUGUGCAGCCUCUCCGUGCGCGGAUCGCAGGCGCUGGCUGCUGGCUGGGACGGCUGCGUGUCGCUGUGGUUGCCCACGUCGCUGGCCGCACGCAGCGACGCCGACGAGAGCCGCUCGAAGAAGAAGCGGCGCGCCGAGCGCGGCGUCGCGGCGCCCGAGGGCGCACGCCUCGAGCCGCUCGCGACGCUGUGGCACGCGCCGCCCAACGCCGGCGUGCCGAGCGCAAACGCGCGCGUCGGCGGCGUGGUGUGGGGCGCAGAGGGCAAGGCGUACAGCGCAGGAUGGAACGGCAGUGUGCGGGAGUGGGACGUCGAUUCGCAGAGCGCCAGCAGCAGCAAGACUUCGGACAAGGUGCUGCUCUGCCUCGACCACAUGGCCGGCAGCGCGCCGGUGCUGCUCACUGGACACGUGGACCGCAGCAUCGGCAUCUGGGACAUGCGGCUCAACGCAGCAGCAAUCACUCUGCCUCUCGCCUCGGCACACAGCGCACCCGUCAGCGCCGUGCGUGCGCAUCCGAGCAGCGCGCACCUCUUCGCCAGCGCCAGCCACGACGGCAGCGUCAAGCUUUGGGACGCGCGCUCGCCCAAGGCGGCCCUGUUCGCGCUCUCGCGCCCGCCAGCCGCGUCCGGCGAGGCAGCGGGCAAGGGCGCGGAGAAGGAGAAGGUGCUGGCGCUCGACUGGACGAGCGAUGGACAGGCCAUCGCCAGUGGCGGCGAGGACAAGCGGUUGACGCUGCACCGGGGCGAGGGCAUCGGGCGGGAAUGAGACGCCAGAGUGCCAGUCAUGCAAGGAUAGAAACGUCC